GCGAUUUUCACCUCCGUCUCCUACCACAGGUCCCCGGAUUGCAAAUGCUUGGGCCAAUGGCACUGAGGCAGCCGAGAGUGAGACUAAAUUCUCGCUGCUUUGGACGCCUGGCGCCACGGCUGUCACCUAUGCAGCUGCGCCACGUCUUGCACGACCUCCGGAAGCACUGCCACCCCAGGAGCCCGUCGCCAAAACCAACCUCGCGGCACCCAAACCAGGAGGAGAAGGUACCCCGCAGCCACAGGAGCGUGCACGUCCGUUCCGUGCUGCGCGGGAGAUGA